AUGGACCUGCGAGCGGAGCUGCUCAAGUCCAUCUGGUAUGCGUUCACCGCCCUGGACGUGGAGAAGAGCGGCAAGGUCUCCAAAUCCCAGCUCAAGGUGCUGUCCCACAACCUGUACACAGUGCUGUGCAUCCCCCACGACCCCGUAGCGCUGGAGGAGCAUUUCCGUGACGACGAUGACGGGCCGGUGUCCAGCCAGGGCUACAUGCCUUACCUCAACAAGUACAUCCUGGACAAGGUGGAGGAAGGAGCUUUUGUCAAGGAGCACUUCGAUGAGCUCUGCUGGACCCUGACAGCCAAGAAGAAUUACAAGGCUGACCGGAAUGGCAACAGUGUCGUGUCCCACCAAGAUGCCUUCAAGCUCUGGUGUCUCUUCAACUUUCUGUCUGAAGACAAAUACCCUCUGGUCAUGGUGCCAGAUGAGGUGGAAUACCUUCUGAAGAAGAUCUGCAUGGCCAUGAAUGUGGAGCUGAACUCCUGUGAGCUGGAAGAUUACCUGUGCCAGGAGCCACAGGGGCAGGGAGGGCUGACGGUCUGGCAGCUCCUGGACAUGGUGAACUCAGGGCGGUUCCUGCGGGGCAUUGAGCAGGAGGCUGUCAGCAUGGCUGUGGAGGAGGUGUACCAGGAGGUCAUCGAGGAUGUGCUCAAACAGGGCUACCUCUGGAAGAAGGGCCAGCUGAGGAGGAACUGGUCGGAGCGGUGGUUCAUGCUGAAGCCCAGUGUCUUGUCCUACUACAUGAGUGAGGAGCGGAGGGAGAAGAAGGGCAGCAUCGCCUUGGACAAGCACUGCUGCGUGGAGGUGCUGCCCGACCGCGACAGCAAGCGGUGCCUGUUCUGCGUGCGGACCCCGGCCCGCACCUACGAGAUGAGUGCCUCCGACACGCGGCAGCGCCAGGAGUGGACGCUCGCCAUCCAGACGGCCAUCCGGCUGCAGGCCGAGGGCAAGAGGUCCCUGCACAAAGACCUGAAGCAGAAGCGCCGGGAGCUGCGGGAGCAGCGGGAGCAGCGCAAGGCAGCCAAGGAGGAGGAGACACAGCGGCUCAAGCAGCUGCAGGAGGAGAAGGAGAGGAAGCUGCAGGAGCUGGAGCUGCUCAAGGAGGCCCAACGGCAGGCAGAGAUACUCCUGCAGGAGGAGGAGCAGCAGCGCAGGCAGCAGCAUGAGGAGAUGCAGAGGACCCUGGAGAUCCAGCUGCGGGAGGCUGAGCAGGCUCGUGCCUCCAUGCAGGCAGAGAUGGUCCUGAAGGAAGCAGAGGCUGAGCGGCAGCGCAGGCGCAUCCUGGAGCUGGAGGCCAUGCAGCAGCGGCUGCAGGAGGCCCUGCAGCAGGAGGUGAAGGCACGGCAGGACGAGGAGGCCGUGAGAUAUGCCCAGGCGAGGCUACUGGCUGAGGAAGAGGAGAAGCUGAAGCAGCUGAUGAAGCUGAAGGAGGAGCAAGAGGAAUAUAUCAUCAAAACUCAGCAGGAGAAGCAAGUCCUCAAGCAGGAGAUGGAGAACAAGAACAAGUGUCUGGAAGAGGCACAGAAGCAGCUGGAAGAAGUGAGAGUGAACAGGCAGAGGGUGGACCAAGAUGUCAUGGCAGCCCAGCGGAAGCUGCGCCAGGCCAGCACCAAUGUCAAGCACUGGAACGUGCAGAUGAACCGCCUGAUGCACCCCAUCGGGCCGGGAGACAAGCGCACAGUGAGCGGAGGAGGCUUCGCUGGCUACCAGCCUCUCCUCUCCCAACAAGAUUCCUCCCUCAGACUCAAGCAGAAGGUGGAGGAUAAAGACAGCAACCCCAAGAGGGACAGCAGCAAGGAGAAUGUGAGCAAUGGUGGGGACAGCAGCGUGCCACCAUCUCCAGAUGUGGACACCAAGGCUGCAGAGCUGACUAACUAG